AUGAGGGGAAAAUGGCGAAGUGUUUGGAAUUGGAAUCGGAAUUUGGUGAAUGUGAAAUUGAAAAGGGAAAACGGUUGCCGGUGGCGGUUAUUGCACGAAGGUCCAGACACCGUAGAAGAACUUCUCGAUAGACAUUUAGUCAAGAGAGUUAAUAAUAACAACAACGAUGAUGAUGAAGACGAGUUGCUGAAUCGGAGGCGACUCACCAGCACUCGCCGUGAGGCACUGAGUCUAUACAGGGACAUUCUUCGUGCUUCGCGUUUUUUCGCCUGGUCUGAUUCUAAAGGCGUUCUUUGGCGCGAUCUCAUUAGAGAUAGCGCUCGUAAAGAGUUUGAGCUUGCUCGAUUCGAAACCGAUCCGGAGGUUGUUACUCGCUUGCUAAUCGGAGGACACGAGGCUGUCAACAACGCCAUUGAAAAGCUCGCCGAGAAACAGAGGCAGCAGAUUCAAAAGGAUCGUGGCAGUGGUGGUCCUGAUCAAACCUGA